AUGGAAAAAGGUGGAUUCAAUUGUAAAACUUUGGAUUUACGGAUCGAUUCACAAUCCUUUCUCCAAAUGGUGUUGAAGAAAGACUCGACUGCACUUCAAGUAUGGAACAAUCUCGAGACUCUCUUCCGUGACAACAAAGACGCCAAAUCCACACAAAUCGAUAGCGAGCUACGCAACAUUGUGAUGGGCGAUCUCUCCGUCAUCGCCUACUGCACCAAAAUCAAUGGACUUGCUGACCUUCUUGCGAAUCUCGAUCCAAACUCCACAGUACCCGACAAACACCUUAUGAUCUACACAAUCAACGGACUGUCCUCGAAGUUCGAUUUGGUGGCCAAUAUCAUAAGGUACCGUUCUCCUCUUCCAACUUUUCUUGAAGCUCGUUCCAUGCUUCUUUUGGAAGAACAAAGAAUGGCUCAAAUACGCUCAACACCCGUUAUGUCUCACCACGACCAUUCCUCAUCGUCCACCAUCCUCCACGUGAACAAUAACAGAGGAACUCACGGGAAUGGCCGUCGGAACGACCGCCGCCAGCCGCAAGGUUGUUGCCGACAACCACCGAAUCAGCCACGCUAUGGUUGGGUGUACAUCCUGCCACUGCCGCCGAGUCAGUCGAACUAG